AUGCGUAUUGCUUAUCGAAGUUUACUUUUUCAGAAAGAACAUUAUCAAAUUAUUAUUUUUCUUGAGAAACAUGCUGGUUUAGAUUUUAUUGAACUUGUUAAUGAAGGUCGUUUACUUGCUCGUGCAAGUAAAGAUCAUGUUGUUAAAGUUACAAAAGAAGCUGAUUUUAUACUUAAUCGUAUGCGUGCAGAUGAUGUUCGAAAAGAUAGUGAAUUUGAACAAUUAUGUGCUCAAACAAGUUCAGAACGUAUUCAUGAAGAAGAUCGAUGUGAUCAUUUUAUAACAUCAUCUCGUCAGCGUUUUCAAACAAAUGCAUUACGUUUAAAAGAAAAAUAUUUCUCUCAAAUGAUGAAUGAUAAAAUAACUUAUAUAAAUAGUUCAUAUUUAUCUUGA